UGAACAGGAGAGAGCUCGCGGUGAACCGUUGGAUACAUAGAUACGUUGGAUAGCAAGAUAUGUAUAUCCAAUGAAGUGCGCAAUUCGCCAGUCAGUAGUCUUCGAACACGUCUGUGGUCUGGUUGUCUGUGUAGAAAGUGGUUGUAUGAAGUGUAGCAUUGCUUGAAUGGUGAAUAUUGUCGAAUGUCGUUCGCAAAUUCGGGUCUUGCAUUACGUGUAAAUCAAAUAUUUGACGAACAAAACCUGUGAUCUUCACGGCAACGAAAUUUCGCAUUGAAAAUUAACCCACUACCAGUAGAGCAGCUGAGCAGACACCGAAAAGAACAAGGCCAUUCAAUGUUAUGAAAUGACACCCUGAAUCUAGCAGUAGUAUCGGUAUUCCUUGACAAAGCUCACAAAUUCGACGCACACUCUCUUUUUUUUCGGCACUCUUGCCGCACAAACCCUCGAAACCUCGCACCCCAGAUGUAAAAGAGCAAUGUACCAGUUCAGAAAAUGCUCCCGCAAAAAUAUUCUGAUACUUUUGGCACUAAUCAUCACCUAUGCAGUAGUAGUCUAUGUGAUCAACAACAGGGACUACGUGGACAAUCGCGAAAAAAUAAGCCUGAUUGAAGAAUCGAUCCAAUCCAUCGGUAAUCAAGGCGCCUGCAAGAUGCCAAACCUUCCGGUCGAUUCUCCGGAAAUGUUAAGCUUCUUGAAGGAUGAACUACCGAUCGAGUGUGGUAAUAUCAACGAUGAUUGGGUUUCGUGUCACAAAUCGGUGUGCACCAUCAAACCUGGAGUAGUGAAGCAGCUGGGCAAAAUCACUUGUGAUUUCAGCGAUAUAUUACGUACCGAUGACUACAAGUACCAUUUCGGGACAGCCGUUCGUUCCUCCGAUAAGUACGUGUUGCGAAGGAGCGAUUUCGCUCGAGCUCAAUGUUGGACCGAAAGUCACGUCCGCUGGAACGGAGUGCUGAUAGGUAUUCGAAAAGAUCCAGCUCUAAACAUACGCCAAAGUUGGAGCAAACAAAAUACCCUGAACGUACUAAUGAUGGGGUUCGAUUCGCUCAGCAGGAACGCAUUUAUUAGAAAGUUACCGAAAACGUAUAAGUACUUAACCAAGUAUUUGAAGGCAGAUGUUCUGAAGGGUUUCAACAUUAUCGGAGACGGAACACCGCAAGCAUUGAUACCAUUGUUGACGGGAUUCACCGAGCUCGAACUGCCGGAAACUCGAAGGCGGAUGCCACACUCAGAGUUUGUUAACGUAUAUCCAUUCCUAUGGAAUGAAUAUGAACGUUACGGUUACAUCACGGCAUUCAACGAAGAUGUGCCACACAUCGGAACGUUUUCGUACCGAUUGAACGGCUUUCAAGCACAACCUACAGAUCAUUACAUGCGUACCUAUUACCUAGCCAUCGAAAAUCAGCUAACCUACUACAAAAGACUCUGCGUGGGAGCUCAACCGCGCCAUAAAGUGAUGCUAGACUAUACCAAGCAAUUUAUGCUAAGUUACCCAUCGAAUCCGCGUUUCGUGUUUAGUUUUCACGGAGAACUGUCGCACGAUUCGAUCAACCUCAUCGGGGUGGCCGAUACCGAUCUGACCAACUGGUUGGUUGAUUUGAAACGGCUCGACCUACUCAACAACACGGUGCUAAUUAUGAUGUCCGAUCACGGGAACCGGUUUGCCAGCGUGCGGAAUACGCUGCAGGGCAAGCAGGAAGAACGGAUGCCGUUCUUUAGUUUCAGCUUCCCGGAAUGGUUCAAGCAGCAGUACCGGGAGCAGUAUCGCAACUUUCAGGGGAAUCUCAACCGACUAGUAACGCCGUUCGAUGUGCACGAAACGCUGCAGGAUAUUUUGAAUCUCCAAACGCUCAAAUCCAAGCAGCGGCCGGCUCACACACGUGCCAUCUCGUUGUUUGACGAAAUUCCGGCCGACCGGUCGUGUGCGGACGCGUACAUCGAACCACACUGGUGCGCCUGUCUCAACUGGGAAACGAUAAACGAUACCGCAUCGGAGCCGGCCUUCCGCUCAGCGAUGGCAGUGGUGGACUUCAUAAACAAAUACACGGAACAGCACCGCAGUAUCUGCGCUACGCUAAGUUUAGACGAGAUCAAGUGGGCCGCCAAACUGACGCCGCACAAGGACCUGGUGAGGUACAAGCAAAAUAAGGAUACCGAUGGUUUCAUUGGUGACUUUAGCGGACCGGGUUCGACGAUUGCGCACGACAUGUAUCAGGUAAAGUUAACGACGCGACCAGGAGGGGCGAUUUAUGAGGGGAGCGUACUGUACGACAUCGCCAAGAACCAGUACCGGGUGAAGCUGAGCGACAUAUCGCGCAUCAAUAAGUACGGGUCGCAAGCCAACUGUAUAUAUGAUAAGGAUCCGGAGGUGAGAAAGUAUUGCUAUUGCAAGGAAUAAGGCGGGAUACGCAGAAGCUACUAUAGUUUUAUAAGCGCAACUUUUCGAGUCAGUUUUAGUUUUUAAACGUCAGAAUUCUUUAUACUUUCAACCGAAACCUGUGAAUCUCAGCGUGACUUUAAGCACAAACGAUAGUUAUGUUACCCUAGGUUAUUAUGAUGAAAUCAAACCUGACUAAUCUAAAUGGAAAAGAGGUUUUUAUAUGUGUAUGUCAAUUAGACAAUUUGUACUAUCUACAACCAGAAAAAAAAUGAAAAACAGUGAUGUAAAGUGAAAACAAUAAUAUGAGGAUAAUACUAACAGUGAAAAACAGAGGUGAAAGUCUAGUGAUAGAUAACUUACUGUUGAAUGAUCAAUACCAAAUAUGUGCACACAGAGCCAAUCUUGUUACCGAUCGUUAACAUAAGCCAAAUCCCUCUCGGACGGUUAUUCAAUGUAAAUGAAAAACCGUAGUUGUAACAUUCGUAGAACUCACGGACACAAAUGUUUUGAAACAAUUGGUUAGCGAUUAAAACCUAAAUGUAGUUUUUUGUUUUGAAAAAAAAAACUCACUGUUUUCCAACUCGUUGGAAAGAAAAUAUAUGAAUGCCAACAGAGGUAAAUAUAGAUCUGAUGAUUCUUUAAAAACAA